AUGGAUUUACGUGUUUACUCGACGAUCAACAAACUAAGCAAGAACGAGACAUCCAGAGAAGACGAGAGAAGCCAGCCAGAAGAGCGUGAAAGAAAGGACGAAGAGGAAGAAGAAGAAGAAGAAGAAGUUAAAAACCACGCUAUGCAAACGCCAGAUCAGAAAGAGAAAAGAAAGAAAAAGGACAAAAAUGCCGCCCAGGGGAGAGAGUAA